UUGACAAACACCAUUAAACCUCAGAGGAAGAAGUUCAGUUUCACCGCGCUCCUGUUGUUUUGUCGUGAUGCUGAUUUAAUACAAACUGUUAGAAAUGUUUCUGUUAAUAUAAAAAUACAGUUUUUGAAUCAGGUCAGUAAAUCUCUGUAAUAUUCUCAUCCUCACAGUCGUGACUAAGUGUUGAAGCAGGAAUAUCUGGAGGAGUAUCAUCUGAACUGAGAUCUACUGUGAAGAUGGUGUUUGUUAAAGAGGAGAGUGAGGAGAACACGAGUGAACCAGAAACAUGGAGAAUAAAACACGAGGAACCAGAAACCUGGAGCAUAAAACACGAGGAACCAGAAACCAGGAGCAUAAAACAUGAGGAACCAGAAACCUGGAGCAUAAAACACGAGGAACCAGAAACCAGGAGCAUAAAACAUGAGGAACCAGAAACCUGGAGCAUAAAACACGAGGAACCAGAAACCUGGAGCAUAAAACACGAGGAACCAGAAACCUGGAGAAUAAAACACGAGGAACCAGAAACCUGGAGAAUAAAACACGAGGAACCAGAAACCUGGAGAAUAAAACACGAGGAACCAGAAACCUGGAGAAUAAAACACGAGGAACCAGAAACCUGGAGAAUAAAACACGAGGAACCAGAAACCUGCAGAAUAAAACACGAGGAACAAGGAGGCCUGAUGAAAGUGAAAGAAGGACAAGAUCUGAAUGAGGAGGAGAAGAAACAUCAGUGUCAGAAAGAUCAUGAUGUCAAUGCUGGAGAAAAAUCAGUGAGUUGCAGCAUUCAAAUAACAGACGUCAAAAGGCCUUUCAGCUGCUCUCAGUGUGGGAAGUCUUUCACACGUAAAGAAAACCUUAAGAAUCACAUGAGAAUUCAUACUGGAAUAAAGCCUUUUACCUGCUCUCAGUGUGGAAAGAGUUUUACAACGAAAAGGCAACUUAAGGUUCAUUUGCAUAUUCACUCUCAGAAAAACCUUUCAGCUGCUCUCAGUGUGGAAACUCUUUCAGAUAUAAACAAAACCUUAAGAAUCACAUGUUAAUUCAUGCUGGAAUAAAGCCUUUUACCUGCUCUCAGUGUGGAAAGAGUUUUACAACGAAAAGGCAACUUAAGGACCAUUUGCAUAUUCACUCUCCAGAAAACCCUUUCAGCUGCUCUCAGUGUGGAAAGUCUUUCACAUGUAAAGGAAGCCUUGAGAAUCAUAUGUUAAUUCAUGCUGGAAUAAAGCCUUUUACCUGCUCUCAGUGUGGAAAGAGUUUUACAAAGAAAAGUCAACUUAAGGAUCAUUUACAUAUUCACUCUCCAGAAAACCCUUUCAGCUGCUCUCAGUGUGGAAAGUCUUUCACAUGUAAAGCAAGACUUAAGAAUCACAUGUUAAUUCAUGCUGGAAUAAAGCCUUUUACCUGCUCUCAGUGUGGAAAGAGUUUUACAACGAAAAGGCAACUUAAGGAUCAUUUGCAUAUUCACUCUCCAGAAAAGCCUUUCAGCUGCUCUCAGUGUGGAAAGUCUUUCACAUGUAAAGGAAGCCUUGAGAAUCAUAUGUUAAUUCAUGCUGGAAUAAAGCCUUUUACCUGCUCUCAGUGUGGAAAGAGUUUUACAAAGAAAAGUCAACUUAAGGAUCAUUUACAUAUUCACUCUCCAGAAAACCCUUUCAGCUGCUCUCAGUGUGGAAAGUCUUUCACAUGUAAAGCAAGACUUGAGAAUCACAUGUUAAUUCAUGCUGGAAUAAAGCCUUUUACCUGCUCUCAGUGUGGAAAGAGUUUUACAACGAAAAGGCAACUUAAGGACCAUUUACAUAUUCACUCUCCAGAAAACCCUUUCAGCUGCUCUCAGUGUGGAAAGUCUUUCACAUGUAAAGGAAGCCUUGAGAAUCACAUGUUAAUUCAUGCUGGAAUAAAGCCUUUUACCUGCUCUCAGUGUGGAAAGAGUUUUACAAAGAAAAGUCAACUUAAGGAUCAUUUACAUAUUCACUCUCCAGAAAACCCUUUCAGCUGCUCUCAGUGUGGAAAGUCUUUCACAUGUAAAGCAAGACUUGAGAAUCACAUGUUAAUUCAUACUGGAAUAAAGCCUUUCAGCUGCUCUGAGUGUGGAAAGAGUUUCACACGUAAAACAGACCUUGAGAAUCACAUGUUAAUUCAUACUGGAAUAAAGCCUUUCAGCUGCUCUCAGUGUGGAAAGAGUUUCACAUGUAAAACUAACCUUAAGAAUCACAUGUUAAUUCAUGCUGGAAUAAAGCCUUUUACCUGCUCUCAGUGUGGAAAGAGUUUUACAAAGAAAAGGCAACUUAAGGAUCAUUUGCAUAUUCACUCUCCAGAAAAGCCUUUCAGCUGCUCUCAGUGUGGAAACACUUUCACACGUAAAACAAACCUUAAGCAGCACAUGUUAAUUCAUGCUGGAAUAAAGUCUUUCAGCUGCUCUGAGUGUGGAAAGUGUUUUACACGGAAAGGACAACUUAAUGUUCAUUUGGUAACUCACUCUUCAGAAAGUCUUUCACACGUAAAGGAUACCUUGAGACUCGCAUGUUAAUUCAUAGUGAGGUAAAGCCUUUCGGCUGAUCUCAGUGUGGAUAGUUUACAUUUACAUUAAUAUUUAUUCAUUUAGCAGAAGCUUUUAUCCAGUUCAUCUCAAAUAGGCAAACAGACACAGUGCUUGUAAUACCAAGUUUCAGGCAUUGUUCAAAUAAAUAUGAGCUAGACAGGGAAAGAUUAAAGGAAAGAGAAAAGGCUUCUUUUUUUUUUUUUAAAUAGUGACAAAAAAAGAUGUUCACACUACAAGCGACGCAAUGACAAAGCAACACAAUCCUAUUAAUUUCAAUUGAGAGCCAGCCAUUUCCGGUGACACGAGUGACAGUGACCCGGAUGGAAACAGGAUGUAGGCGUGUCCAGUUUUUACAAUGGAGGAAAUGUUAGUAGAGCUAUGACAACAAUACUCCUGCAUUUAUGAUGUUUCCUCAAGGGACUACUACAACAGAGUGAACAAAGUUCAGAUAAAAACAUAUUUUAACUUAAGUUCUCUUUGGAGUAUUGAUAGUCCAUACUGUCCUCUUCAUGCAAUCCAGGUAUGUGUUCACUGUCAGGAUUUUGUUCAUUUUUGGCCUUUUCUGAUGACAAGACGGCCAGAGUUUAAAAAAAAAAAAAAAAAAAAAAACAGCAUUAGGUAGCCAUUGUUUGUUUACACUCGCAGUACCUUCUGUCAGUCGAUAGUCCUUCCUUCUUGAAGACCGCAUGCACAUUGUUUAAGACGGCAAGCAAUGAAGGGUCAGGUAGCUAUUUGUAGUCUGAAUUUUGCAUCCGAUGACCCCUUAAAAAAAAAAAAAAAAACAUGUCACUUUACAAGUAGUUUGAACAUAAAUGUGUGUUGGAAGUGUGUGUACACAUCCAUCCUAUAAUGAUAAAAAUCCACCCAGUGUUUUUUUUUUUAAAUCCCCUUUUUCAGAUCAGGCCGUUCUAAGAUUCCUGUCAGAAUAACGUAGUUCCGCACAGGCCGCUCCCAUGAUAGUUGAUUGACAAGGCCGUCUUACCUUUAGACCUGCCUUGAAUGAGCUGUCAUCAAUCCGUUAUUGUGUCGACUCCGGUGCAGGGGAAGACCUGAAUGGCUUUAAGAUUAAGAGAUUGAUGUUUUUUUUGUUGGAUGUAAUAAUGAAUAUAGCAGUCGUCAUUUACUUCCGACAUCUGAGCGGAUUAACGCUACUUUCAUUUUUGAAGGGAAUGUGCCAAUCCCGAUCUACAUAAAUACAUCUAUUUUCGCGUGAAUCAUUCAUGAUCCAGCUUCAUCUACAGAAGUGAGUAUAAGGUUUUUUUAUGAAUCCUUGCAAAUCGCCUUUCCUGAUAUGUGAUAGUUAGCAAGUUUCGCGGCUGAAGUUUACCAUCUGCUUGUCACCCCACGAAAGAGAGGGGUGGGAUCAGCAGAGCUCAUUUGCAUUUAAAGCAACUUGGACUAGAAUGGCUUGAUGAAAAACAGAACUGAUUUUGGCAGUGUAAAGAUGGUGUUUUUUACACUACCAUUGAGAAAUUUUAACCAAAAUUUAUUACAGGCUUUUCAUUAAGACCCUAAAGAAUCAUAUUAACUUGUGGAAAAUGGGCAUCCGAUGACCCCUUUAAGAGUCAAAAUAACAUAAUUUGAUUGACUCAUUACACUUUGUUUUAAGAGACCCUUUAGCCUCCCCCCCCCCUCCCCCACACAAACACACAUUAAGACAUUUUCUUUAUAUAGGCCAUAAUUAAGCAGUUAUAAUGUAUCUGCUAUAUGCAUGUGUUGCAUGUAUGUUCCCCUAUUAUGUUAACCUAGUCACAACCCUUUACUUGUAUUAGUUAGACUUUAAACGCCUAUAUUCAAGUGUAUGAGUGUAUUUCUGCUUUAAUAUCUUCUAGAGGUUUCUUUCUUAUCAAUUUGAUGAUCUUUUUAUUCCUCAAACAAUGAUGUACACUAUGUGAUCGUGAAAUGCAUCAUACAGUUUUUAUUAUGCUUUGAAGUAAAACUGCACCAACUCUCCAGACCAGCAAUAAAAAUGCAAAUGGACAAUAAACGGAGACAAAGAAAGUUUCUCCCCCUAAAAAUUCAUGCAUCUGAUUGGCAACUCCACCCAAAAGGUGGGUGCGGCUAUGAACUAUCAAAAGUCUCUUCUUUUUGGGUCUGACACACUCCAAAACUCUCCUCUUGAGUUUAACCUUCUGGCAGUUUUACCUUCAAGUAAUUUUGUGGACUCGCUGUGAACUUUCCUAUCUUCAGAAGAACCAGAGGAAAAUUUUCAGCUCACUCCUAAAGAAAUCAUCAAGAGCCUCUUGUCUACUGCAUCAGGACUCUUAUUCAGCAACAAAAACAAUGCAAGUAACCGUUUACAACUAUUUAGAUGCGUGUUUAAGUUUGAACCCCUUUGAAGGUGAAUUUUGAUUCUCUGAUGAUUCUCAUUUAGGUUGUGGUUAAUUGAUGUGAAAUACUGCCAUUCUUUUGCUCUUCCUUACAUUCCUUCAUUCUAUAUGUAUUUUGCUUAAUUUAGUUGUAUGUUAGCUAUAGUCCCAUUUAUUAAAUCCCUUAUAU